AUUAUGCGGUCCCUCCCCAAACGCAGACCUCGUGGUGAACUAUCUUCAACACGGCCAUAUUGAAAUAUUGAAUGUCUCUCUCACACAAGGGCUCAAUAGUAGCCGUGAAAUUUUCGAAUAAUCCUCGAAGAAGAGAGGAUAAGAGACAUGGAGAACCAGUACAGCAUUACUGUCACAAAUAAAUUUGGAAAUGCUUCUGCUUGGGACGAAUCAGAAGAUCCACAGCUAUACUUGCAAAAGUUGCAAGAAGCUAAGAAAAAAGACAAGCUCGCCGAAAAGGAGAACAAGAGUAAGCAGACCGAGACACAAAAGCUUGCUGGUAAUAAGACGCCCAAGACUCGUGUAAUAAAAGAUGCCCAACAACAAGUAACUAAAGUGCAAGAAGUUAAGAAAGAUCCAGGUGAAAAGAAAAUAACUCAGCCAAGAAUAACUGCAGGAGAUCGAAGCGUUAAGUUCUCUGGAGAAUCUAGAGAAGAGCAUAAUAACAGACGUAAUCGUGAAGAUGGUGAAAGAACAAUCCGUAACCAAGGAGAAGUAAGACGUGGACCGAAUGGCGAAGCUCGAGAAAUACGUGAAUAUCGUAACACCAACGAAAACCAACGUGGUGACUAUGGUGAUCGCAGAGGACGUGGAGGUAUGCGCGGAAUGGGCCGUGGACGUGGAGGUAGAGGAGGAGGUAGAGGUGGCUAUGAUAACCGUGGAAAGCGUGAAUUCGAUCGCCAGUCUGGCUCCGAUAAAACAGGAAUUAAACCAAUUGAUAAGAAGGAUGGCGCAGGAAGUCACAAUUGGGGUACUCAUAAUGAUGAGAUAGAAGAAAGCUUAAAUCAGGAAAAUGUUGAUUGGGUAAAUGAGAAACCUGAAACUGAAGUUACCCCAACACCAACUGAAGUUAAAGAAGGAGAAACAUUGGCAGAAGCUUCAACCGAUGAAAAACGACAAGUACCAAAGUCACACGAAUUGACUUUGGAUGAAUGGAAACGUCGUCAAAACCGAAGGGCAAAGCCCAAAUAUAAUUUGCGCAAAGCUGGAGAAGGUGAAGAUUUGUCUCGAUGGAAGAAAAUGUAUGCUUUGGAACGAAAGAAAGAAGGCUCUGAAGAAGAUGAGGAGGGUGAAGAGGAAUUUGAUGCAGCUGCUGAAUUUCCUCAACGUGCUGGAAGGCAAAAACGUGUCUUAGGCAUCGAAAUACAAUUCAGCGAUGCACGACGCGGCACUGGAGGACGUGGUCGAGGAGGACGCGGUGGUCGCGGCGGUGAACGUGUCAACGGUCGUGGAUUUGGAAAUCGCGAUGCUCCCAGAGAUGGGGAUUCUCGUGGUGCUGCAUUGCAGGCACCACAAAACGAACAAAGGUCACCGCGCGGUCGUCAAAAUGCUCCAAAAGUAGAUGACGAGAAUGAUUUCCCUUCAUUGGGAUAGAGAGCUUCGUCUUUUGAUUAUACAAUAUCCCACAACCACCGCAGCCACCAACAGUACUUUUAUGACAGAUAAAAUUACUAUUAUUAUUACGAAUAUUAUUAUCAACCGUCUUACAUCAGUGACAAUAUUAUUAAUGCAUCAUUCAUACAGUACCUUUUGCAGAAUGAGAUACGUAAUUUGAAUAAAACUUAGCGCCCACAAAAGCGCUGCUUCAUAUUGACACAUGACUAUUCGUGCAAAGCUUAUGUGAGUACAAAAGAAUCCAAAUAAGAUUCUUAGUGCUUACAUGAAGAUUGACCAUAUGUAAUUGUGAAAUAUAAAACAUAAGUGGCAAUAUGAGAUCAGUGAAGCAGCAUAUCUGAACGAACGUUGUUAAUAAUCGUGAAUUUGCUGAAAAAAAAAAUAAGAAAGAAGUCGAAGAA